AUGUCGCUCGCGAACUCGUUCUACAACCUCAUUGUGAAGCGCAACUCGAUCUACGUUGGCUCGAUCUUGGCUGGUGCUUUUGGCUUCGGCAUUGCCUUUGACACUUUGACGGAGAAGUGGUGGGACAGCCACAACCGUGGCAUGCAAUGGAAGGAUAUCCGUGACAAGUACGUCACCGCCGAUGGUGAUGAUGAGGAGUAA